CGUUUAGCACUUAACUCCGUCACAGCUCAGAUUAUGUAGAGAAAGUCAGUUGUUUUUGAUUGCCGCGCCAUAAAGCUAGCUAACGUUACCUGAUGCUACGGUGUUUCUGUUAACCACUGUUGUAUCCACGGGCUAGCAUUAGCUACGUUAAUGCACUAACGUUGCGUAAAGUAGUGUUGUAGCCUACAUAUUCGUUUUAGCAACGGUCACGCUGAAACUAGAGACCCCCAAAACCCAGUUAUUUUACUGUACUUAACUUUCUUUGUCUUUUUGAAUAAUUUCUAUGAAAUAAAAACCAACAUUGGCUUGGUGAUGUAUUAAGCUAACUGACUAAUGUUACAUAGUUGUAACGUUAACUCAACUCGGGGUGCUAACAUGGUUAACUACGUUUAAAUACUGAUUGUAAAUCUCUCAAUAUUCUUCACAACAAAACUGUAGCAGUUGACUAUAGUGUUAUCUGUUGACUAUAGUGUUAUCUGUUGACUGUAGUGUUAACUGUAGUUAACUACAACACUAAGAAACAGACAGAGUUGUAUGGUCCCUCGGGAAACACUCUAUGGAUGGAGCAAUGCAUUCAAAUAGAUGUCUGAAGAAAAGAUAUGAUCAUCAUUUAUGUUUUGAUAUUUUUAUGACAUGAAGAUGGAUCCUGGUCCACCGUUUCAAACAUUGCAUGGCGUCAAUGUCACCUCUUGGGUGUCUGUGUGUCCAGGAGGCCUCUGUAAAGUCCAGCAGAAGCAGACACACAGAGGGAGUCAACAGACUGUUUCUAAUUCUGGAGAUGGUGCAUCAUGCUCAUCCAGUAGCUGUCCAAGGUUGGGUUCACUGUGUCAAGUCCGAGUGCAGCUCAAAGCUAGCCGGGAUGAAGCAGAGAGUUUAGUAUCUGAAAAUGGAAAUGAGGGACAGUCAGUCCAACCUGACCAAUGGGUCACAGAGACAGAGGCCACAGCCUUCCCAAGAUGCCAGGACUCUGUGCUGCAGGUCCCACUGGGUGACUGGACUACAUUGAGGCUGGGAGAGGGUCAAUGCGAUAUCACAGAGGCAUGUGUGGAGGGGAUGAGGGCGGGAGAGAAGUGUGAGAUACUGAUUUCUCCAGUGGGAAGUGGACCAGAUGUCUCUGUCCCCCAUCCUGCUGAGGAAAACCUGCCUUUAUGUGCCACGAUUGAACUCCAAGCUUUCACACCAGGCAAGGAAUCCUGGGAGAUGUCUCCUGUCGAAAAGUGUCAGUGGGUGAAGUCACACAAAGAGAGGGGUGGAGUGAGGUUCAGGAGCGGGGAUGUUUGGGGAGCAGCAGACAGCUACAGCCGGGCCCUCAAACUUCUCAUCACUCUCCAUGGCCAUGUUAACGAGGUGGAGAAGAAAGGACAAGAAGCAGAGGAGCAGAGAGACACAGACACUGGUGAUAAACUACAGCAACUUCCUUCAGCUAAUGAAUUCAAAACCAUUAAAGCAGAGCUCCACUCAAACAUGUCCUUGUGCCAGCUCAAAUUGAACCAACCGCAGCGGGCUAAGGCCAGUGCGACUAAAGCUACUCAUCUGGAACCGGGUGGGGCUAAAGCCUGGUACCGGAGGGGCCAAGCCUGCCAGAUGUUGAAUGAGCUGGAGGAGGCCAGGCAGGCAUUUAGGAAACUGUUAGAGCUACAGCCAGAAUCACCUGCUGCUCUGAAGGCACUUAAAGACAUAGCAAGUACAGAGAAAGAGAGAAAUGCACAGUUGGGCCUUAGACUCAGCAAAAUGUUCAGCUGAUGAUGAAAUAUUUACUGUUUAUUAUCAGACGCUAUCUGUAGAAUGGUAAGUUUCUCCUCAUGAUUCACCAUUUAAUUAAAGUAUAUGUACAGCAACUACAUCAGCUCAAAAGUAAUGCUAUUAAUCUGUGAAUGCCCAUUUUUUUUCUAACGCAUUGCUUAUUGUGUAUGAGAUGCCUGAAUGCAACUCAAAAGUAAAAAACACAUGUCAAAAACGUCUUUUGGAGGAAUUAAUGUGAUUUUCCAGGUCUGAUUGUUGAAUGAGAUCAUAGCCUAUUCCAUGAGUGCAAUACAUGAAAUUACCCCGUUAUAUGUUUAGUUCCUCUAGUGGACCACAAGGUGCCAGGCUUUGUCAUGUCUUCUAAAAAUUGAAGUACUCCACAUGGCGGUGAGUCAAAAUGCCGAAACCCGGGAUCGAACCAGGGACCUUUAGAUCUUCAGUCUAACGCUCUCCCAACUGAGCUAUUUCGGCCCGGUGAGAACCUGGGGGAUCCAUUUUUACUUAUUCAUGCAUAUACUUUGUAGUGCAAAUAUGUAUGAUUAUGAUGAUUAUGUCUUUACAAGGAAGGAAACUCUAAUGUUUGUAGUUCUUAACAUUUCAAGUUCAUCAUUUAUAAAACGUAACUUUACCAAAUUAAAAUUCUACGGCAACUGAAUACAUUAAAAGUCUGUGUUUUCUUUAUAUUUACGUUUAGUAAAACAAUACAGCACCCAUUAACU